GUGUUAUCAUUGGUGAAGCCACAUUAAGCUGCACGGAGCAACAGGCGGUGGUUGAGACAGACAGACAGACAGACAGACAGACAGGGCGGGUCUCCGGUCACCGGUUUCUACCGAUCAUCAUCACUCGCAUGUUCCAGACUCGUCUCUCCCAGCUGAUCGUGACGUAUAGCUCGGCUGUCCGCUUGUUUACCUGCUGAGGAGGAGGACCGGUAGUAGUAGACGGUAUAACGGUAAACACUGUGUCGGUAGAAUAAAGUGUUUGUGUCGGUGGCGACGGAGAGAGAGAGAGACCGAGAGGAGGAGGCUGCUGUAGACUCACGGGGGCGGUGUGGUGAGGAGUGACAGGAGGCAACAUGGUGGAUUACUACAACGUCUUGGGAGUGUCCAAAACAGCCUCUCAGGAGGACAUCAAGAAGGCGUAUAGGAAACUGGCGCUGAAAUGGCAUCCAGACAAAAAUCCAGACAACAAAGAGGAAGCAGAGAAAAAGUUCAAAGAACUGUCUGAGGCCUAUGAAGUCCUGUCUGACAAGAGUAAACGUGAUGCACAUGACAGCUAUGAAACGCGACCCACAGGUUUCUCCAGCAGCUCAAACAACUUUUCGACUGAUAGCCCAGGAUUCAGCUACACAUUCCGCAACCCAGAUGAGGUGUUCAGAGAGUUUUUUAGCGGCCAGGAUCCCUUCGCUAACUUCUUCGAUGACUUCCCAUCCUUUGGAGGCUCAUCCUCUCACUUCGGCCCCAAUCGCUUCUUUUCUUUUCCUUCAGCCGGAGUUGAUUUUUCCUCCUUCUCCUCUUCCAUGGGAGGUCUGGAUGGGAUGGACAGCAUGGGCGGAGGGAUGGGCAACUUCAAAUCAGUUUCUACCUCCACUCGCAUCAUAAAUGGCAAACGCACCACCACCAAGAAGAUAAAGGAGAACGGGCAGGAAAGAACAGAGAUUGAGGAGGAUGGGGUGUUAAAGAGCAUUCUAAUUAAUGGUGUGGCGGAUGAAAUGGCCCUCGCGAUGGAGCUGAGCCGACGAGAGGGACAUCCUCAGAAGCCACAAAUCCCAAACAGAUCACCCACCGAUUCCGACAGAUCUCACUCUUCAUCCACACAGCGGUCAUUCAGCGCCGCCCCCUUCUACAACUACGGGGUUGCGAGCGACAGCAACGAUGACGAAGACGACGAAGACCUGCAGAUGGCUUUGGCAUGCAGCCUGUCAGAAAUGGACGCCCAGCAGAGAGCAGCUGUUACCGACAUCAUAUCAGGUGCUGUGAGUUUGGGCAAAGCCAUGAAUGACAAAACCGGUGGCCUUAAAGGAGACAAGGUUUUUAAGACUACACUUAAUGUGACUGUUAAUAAAAAUGUUGUCGAAGAGGAGAGACAUGAAGAGCAGCAGUUUAAAAUGGGCUCAGGGUCUGGAGGUGGGUGGGAAACGGGGGGGAAGGGAACCAGGGAAGCAGAUUUCUCUCCUGAGUCAUCCACCACCACCAGCACCAGCACCAACACCACCACUACACCACAAAGCCAGAGCAGUGGAGAGCAGUUUGAACCUGCCACGAAAAGUAGUGAUGGCAGUUCGAAAAAGAAAAAGAAGUGUGGGUGUGUUGUGUGCUAAUGCAGUGCGUGUGUGUGCAUUUGGGAUGCCUUAUUUUUUUAUAAUUACCUCAGUGUUCUGCCUACAGCCAAGCUCUAAUGUUAUGUGAUGGCCAGACUCUUAAUCUGAGGCAGUGCCUCAACUGGUCACACGGCUUUAAUGCAGCCUUAACACCUCUAAAAGAGAGAGUGAGUCAACUUUGACACCGUGCCAAUCCAGACGUUUCCAUAUAAUUUGCCAAUACAGCUAAAAGAUCAGCAAUAUGUAAAUUUGCCAAUUAUUUACGCAGACUGAAAAGAGUGGGAUUAUGAGGGAUUUAGAUGUAGCCAAAUUGGUAGGGAUUGAAAUCCCAGUAAAAGGCAGAGUAUUGUGUUUUUGUCUGUGUGCCUCAGUUGAGACCGCGCCAGAGAACUUUCUCAUGCGGAGUCUCUGGCAAAGGAAAUGAGUCAGAACUGUGUCACAUGCCCAGUCUGAAACAAUAGAUCAAAAUCUAAAGCUUAGUUUGUUUAAAAAAAAAAAAUGACCUGUUGAUACUAAUUUCUAGAAUACAUAAAAGCAAAAAGUAGUUGAAGCACAAACACACAUUUUGCAAGAAUACAUUGUAAAUACACACCAGCUUCCCAGUCAGAAUUACUAACAAACCGGUAGCCCAGCUUCUACACUAUUGCAAGGUUGCAAUAGUAAAGAGUGAAUGUAUCAUUGAAUGCAAGUACAAUACAAUACACUUUUACUAAAAUAUCAUGACCAUUGUUUUGGUGACCAAUUUGGCGAUGGCUGGAGAUUAGGGACAUUUAAGUAUUGGACGUGAGGUAACCAGAAUUAGGGACAGUGAGCCAGGGAAUUCCACCAAAAGAAAGGACAUUGUUUCUCCUCAAAUGUUGUAUUUCAGACACACUGGAUGAAACAUGUCUGGCUGGUAGCAGGGCAAACAGAACUGUUCCUCCUCCCCUCCCAGUUAUAGGAGCACUGAUUGAGCUCACCUUUGCUUUGUUGUCUCUGAACAGCACAGGUGGCUCCUCUCAGAGCUCAUCAGGAUGAUGGCAGACGUGAAACAGUUUCUAAAAAACAUUUGGUCAGAUUGUAGAUUGGGGGUGGAGAGGCAAAGCACAGUGUACAAUGUGUACAGCAUUAUGACUGAUUGUAUAAAUAAUCAUUAUAUAGAUCUUUCAUAUUUUGAUCCCUUUGGUGCCUUUGCAUGUUUUAGCUACUUUGCUAUGUGUUAAAAAAAGAAUGUAUUUAAAGCAAAGCCAAUGUCAAAGCUGUACAUUAGCGAUUGGGAAUGAGAGAAGUUGAAUUCAGCUGCAUUGGGAACGCUAGGUUUGAUUUCCCUUGGGCUGGUUUGAACUGUCAGAGCAAGGGAGGUGCUGUCGCUGCGUUUUCCAUCUUCAACAUCUGUUGAUUAAGCACCACCUGAAGCAAAACACUCACCCCCACCUGCUUUAGUUUAGCUGCUUAGUGAGCAACAUUACACACACUGUUGACUGCUGAAAUAACAUUGCAUUAAUAGUUAAAAUAAGUGUUAAUACUCUGUCUGAUUAUCAGGCCAACUCAAUGUGUCACACACACACACACUCUCGCUCAUAGUGGAAUACUAAUAUAACAGUUUUAAAUGUGAUUGUUGCUGUAUCUGUGAAAUAAUGCUGAAAGUAACAGAAAGUACUGUUGGUGCCAAAACACAAAGGUGUUAAAAGUAAUUCCUAGUGCCAUUAAUAAUGUUAAAACAUAUAUAUUUUUUACUACUGUUCAAAGACACACCUGUCUCAAUAAGUACCUUAUUACAGGCAGUCCCUGCUCUGCUUCUACGCUGCUCAUAGAGCACAGGUUGUCGUAUAUUUUUCAUGCUUGAUUUAUUUUGCAUUGCACGAGUUUUGCUUUCUAAAGGAUAACUAUCAAAAAUCAAACAGCUGUUAGAACACGUCAUCAGUUACGAAAAAAAAAAAAAAAUCAAGUAAUUGUUGUUGUCUCUGAGUUGUUUAUCAUUUCUCCUCUCCAAACUGCGUGUGGAGAGGGAUUGAGAAGGAGGCCUGUAUUAUUUGUACUACAUUGAACUGACUUGUUAUUUUUAUUUUCAGAUUGUUAAAAGGGAAAUAACAAAUAAAGAUUGAGCCGAAGAGGAUA